AUGACACGGAUUCAAAUAUUAAGAUAUGCGGCCGACAAACUGGCAGAAAUACAACCAAAAGGAGUUCAGAUAGCUGAAUAUAAAUAUGACACAUCAUCAGCAAUAAAUAAUGAAGUUAUACAAAGAAAAUUUACGGUUAUUUUUGAUUCCAAAGUAGAUAAGGGAAAAAUUAACAAAGCAACUAUAGAACAAUAUCGUCGACGCCUCGAAAGAAUCGAAUAUGAUCGAAUACAUUCAAUCUUGGGUGAUGAAAAAAAAUUGUGGAUAAAUUAG